AUGAGUCGUUGCGAGUCCCCUUUGUGGGCGAUCGAAACUGUCGAGGAGCAGCAUACAGCCGGCGGCGCGCCCCGGUCGCUCUGGGAUCGUAUAGAGUCCCACCUUCGUCCGCAAGAGAAUCAGAACAAGCAGACGUGGCAGAAGAUUGCGGCGCGACCGACCAUGGCGCCGGGUCUCGAGAGAACCCUUCUAGAAGCUCACCUACGACUGUUGCUCGGGAAGCUAGGGGUGCCGAGCGGGAACCAGGGUGGAAAGGGGGGGCUGGCCUCGAUGUCACCUAGCAGCAGCGGGGGCGGGGGUGGCAGCGGGUGCGGGUCGGCCUCGGUUGGACGACCUCGACCGCACACAUUCCGAGAGGACGACCUCUGUAGGCGCAGCUCCACCAGGCCGUGCUGUGCCACUACAGCAGGCAGUCCAGGGGAGGAUUCUUCGCCGCGGCGGAAAUGUCUGAACGGCCGAAAAGCCAGCUACGCGAGAAGAAGAAGCAGCAGCAGCAGCAGCUGCAGUGAACCCACUACACCUUACGUGCCCCUCGAGACUCAGCAAGACCGAGCUGUGUACGAAUUCCUCUCCACAAGUGGUGAGUGCGACGGCCUCAGCGGUGGUGCUGCCGGGAGGGGCGGGAACGGGACGCACGGGGAGGCGGAGCGCGGAGGUUCGGAGGGAGCGGCGGUGGGAAAUAGUAGAUCGAGACCGGGGACGGGCAGAAGACCGGGCAGUUCUCGUUCGGCAAGGUCGGCCCCCGAGUGUCUCGAGUCGGGGCGAUGCGUCACGGUGGCCACGAUCGACACCGCCCUGGGGGAACUUCGCGCCGCUUUCGAGGAAGAGGCCCAGAACCUCCUCGAGGAAGUUGCCGACCUGACGGGUCUCCUGGAAGACGAGGCCGCCGUUAAGGCCGACGACGAGCGGCAGUCUCGACGGCACCUCGGGCCGAAGGCCGGCGACUACGGCGGCAAGUCCAACGCCGCCGCCGCCGCCGCGAACGACCCCAUCCCGUCCUCGGAGCUGCGGCGCUACGGCAAGAAGCUCGAGGAGGCCGUGCGAUCCCGGGAGCACGCCGCCGACGUCGCCCAGCGCUUAGCCCUCCCGCGACAGCGUGCCCCGGGGCUGGAACCCGGAUGCGGCGGAAAGGAUGGCAAGAAGAAAGGCCGGGGGGGCAUGACGGUGGCCCCCGUUUCCCGUAGCUCGCGAUCUUCCGAGGACCUACCCGGCUCUACCGCAAGGUUGGAGUCGUCGAGACAUCGCGGUCCGGGGGUAGGGCGCAAGGCGUCUAUCGGUAGAGGUAGUGGCAGCAUCGGGAGCGGACCUUCCGUGGAAGACAAGGCCCGCGGCGAGGAUAAGGCGGUGGGACGACGGGGGGGAGGGGGGGAACGCGGGGCGUUGGCAACGAAGCUGCGUGGUGCUGUGCGGGCGUCGCGGGAAGAGGAGGUCGUGGACGACGACAAGUAUUGGAAGUGA